AUCAGACCCCAGCAGUCAGGAGGAGACACUGACAGUCUCUGGUGUGGCGUGAGGAGAUGAACAUGACCGUCUGUCUCCACUUCUUCUUCUCCUCUCAGGGAUGAAUCCACAUCUGUUCUUCUUCUUCUCCUCCUCUCUCUCAUCGUCUGGACCAUGAGCGUGGAGCCUGGACUCUGCUAUAACUUUCCCUCCGGACCAAAGGAUCAGAGAUGAGACACUGAAGCUUUUCUUUCGAACCAAAACUGAAGAAAAGAUUGAAAGGUGAUCGUCAUGUCCCUCUGGAUGAUCCUGCCCAUCAGCCUGCCUGUCUCCACCAUCACUGGAAUAUGGAUUGUAUAUGCGAUGGCCCUGUACAACCAGCAUGUCUGCCCUGUGAACAACUGGAUUUAUAAUGAGUCGUGUGAGGAGCAGCUUCCGCUGCAGAGAGGUCCUGUGCUGUGCUGCACCCUGGAAAACAUCCCACUCAUCAGUAAAUGUGGAACAGUCCCACCUGAAAGUUGCUUUUUCACCCUCAUAUGCACGACGGGCACCUUUAUGGUGAUGCUGAUCAGCCUGCUGCGCUACGCUCACGUGAUCGAGAAACACCAGAACUGUCUUCUCAACAUGGCUGCUCUCUCCACUGGAUGGAUCUGUGCUGCUGGUCUCUUCAUGCUGGGGAUUUUCCAGGUGGAUUUGGUCAAAGUGCUGCACUACGUUGGAGCCGGCGUGGCCUUCCCGUGCAGUAUGCUGUUUGUGUGUCUGCAGUCGGCUCUGACCUACAAACUGGCCAAGACUCAGGGCGAGUACCGAGUGGCUCACCUGCGCGUGGGGAUGGCUCUGCUGGCUCUGGUAGCACUGGUGCUCAGCGGAGUUUUCUUUGUGCAGGAGAGCUUCGCCCUGCAGCACGCCUCCGCCAUCUUUGAGUGGAUCUACUGCAUGCUCAUUAUGCUCUUCUACGGCACGUUUGCCUUUGAGUUUGAGGGCAUUUCCAGGGACACGCUGCUGGUCCUGUGUGGAGGUGUGGAUCUGGAGAGCUUCUUCACCUCCAAGCACAUCACAGAGAUGAGUGCAGGGUCAAACCACCACCAGCUGGAGAAUUUAACCAUCCUGUGACUGAACUGCUUUGUCCUUCACAAAGGGCAAAAAUAAUGAACCUAUCUAGAAGAUGCCAAACAUAAUCUAGUGUAAGUGGAAGCUGCACAUCACGAUACCAACUUUUGCACAACUAUUGCACCAAAGCUGUUUUCCCCCCAGCAGUUACCAAAGACUUUUAACUAUUUAUAAAACUACAGGCGAAACUGCAAAAUGUUGCACAACGCUGUUCGUGCCUUUUCUGAUUCUCUGAAGGCCAACAAAGAGAUUUACUACAUCUACAGCUUUUUAUUUUAUUUCUAACUAGUGUAACAAUUGGCCUUUUGUGAGAAUGAACAUCCUGAAAGUGCCUCAGAUGUUGCUCCACACGGGGCACCAUCGCGGCGGUUUGUUUUCAUGUUUAGACAUUCAGACACAGAGCACCGUAUUGUUCCCACUCAGGAAGUUUUUGCUCCAUCAGCUUUCACUUUACCUCAAUAAUAUGGUGAGGUUUUCCAAAACCGUUUGACAAAUAUUGUGGCUGGAAAGUUUUGUGUAGUUGUGUGAAGAAGAAGAAGGGUUUUGUUGGAAAUAUCAGUCCUUACUUUAAAGAAAAUGUUUCUUUUUUUAUAUGUUUAUCUUACAGUUAUGGUUAUAAUUUCCACAGAGACAUUUUGUACAACUUUUUAUGGUAAUGUUAUUUGAGCAGGUAACGCUGUUACCCACAUAAGCUCUGCUGUAUAUUUUGUUGUAGUGUCAGCUUUUUGUACAAAAGAAAAACAAAAGAUAAAGCAUUCAAAGUGACUUUUUACAGCUUUGUUGGGACCAAACUACGACCGAAGACACUGACAUGUAGUAUUUGAUUAUACUUUGAUUUUUACGUUUCAAUGGCGUAUGCAAAUUUAAAGCAAAUAAAAGCAGGCAAACUCAAGGGAAACUUAAGAGACUCUGUUCUGAAAAGGUUUUAUUGUUGAAAGAUUUUAUACAUAUACGUACAUAGUUUUACAGAACUAGUGAGAAAGUAGAGUUUGAAUGACACAAAAUCCAAUAUUUGAUUUGUCGCCUUCUUUGGUAAAACACGGGACUUUGUUAUAAUCUCUUUUAAUAACAAAUACCAGGGUUUUUUAGGUUUUGUUCACGACUCAUGAGUCACUUCUUUAUCUGCUUAUUUAAUGAUAAUGCAGUAACAAAAGUCUAGAUUAUUACACCAAUCCUAAGGCAUUGCUGUGGUUCUGAAAUGGCUAUAAUGUACACAAACUGUCAUGAGAGAAUGAAUGUUCUAAAAGUGCCUCAGAUGUCGCUUGUCACACCUGUGAUUAUGGCUGUUUUCCCUAAAAUAUUGUGUCACUCGUUCAUAUCAGGACAGAAGGUCACAGACAUCAACUUUUUUAAACUGAUUUAUGGGUCAAAUAAACUGCAGGCAAUGUUA